AUGGUCAAAUUCUCCACCCUCCUUUUCGCUUCUGCUGGUAUUGCCGCCGUCGUUGCCAACCCUGGACUCACCUCGACCACUGAGCGCGAACUCACCGCUCGUGAAAUGUGGGAGUCUGUAUACGGCCGGGAGAUCAUCGACAACUUCACCGACCGGGAACUGGAGGAACGAGAGCCCUUCUUCCCCCUCAUCUUUGGAGCCAUUCGAGCUGCAACGACCAUCGGCAGAGUCGCAUCCAAGGCCCACAAAGCCCACUCUGCCGUACAAAACCACAAGAACAACAAGAAGAACAACAAGCGCAAGCGUGAAGUCGAGGAUGACGUCUUGGCUCUCCGCGACGUUGAAGACAUGGAAGAGCGGGAACCCUUCUUCCCUCUGAUCUUCGGUGCCAUCCGGGCGGCGACCACAAUCGGCAGAGUUGCUUCCAAGGCCCACAAGGCGCACUCUGCUGUCCAGAAUCACAAGAACAAUAAGAACAACAAGCGCAAGCGCGACCUGGAGGACGAUUCACUGUACUCGCGUAACGAGCCGGAGAUGGACGCGAGGGGUUUCGAGGACUUCGAUCUCGAAGAGAGAGAAUUUAACGAUUGGGAGGAGCGCGAAUUUGAUGACCUCGACUAA